UAUCCCUUCUCUUUUCUUUUUUAAAAGGUCAUACAAUGCAGAUAAAAUUGUGGGCUCAUCAGUUCCCUGUUUGUGUUAAAAUAAUAGAAAUAAUGCUCACUCCAAGAUGUCUAUAUCCGAAUCACUAUCCCAAUUGUAACCUAUGUAUUUAGGUAUAUGUUACUUAAUAUGGCAGAGAUUUUACUGUUGGCUUUGAGUUAAUGAUUUUGAGAUAGGGAGAUCAUAAUGUGGUGCAAAGUUUCUUAUAAGAGGGUCACAGGAGAGUCAAGGAAAGAAUGGAAAUGUAAUGAGGUAAGCAGAGGUUGAAGUGAUGUGUAUUUAGUGUGGAUGAAGGGUUCUCCAGCUAAGGAACAUAAGCAAAUUCAGAAACCUGGAAAAAUGGAAAGAAAUUGAUUUCCCAUAGUCUCAAUAAGGAAUGAAGCUCUGUUAACACUGAUUUUAGCCCGUAUGACCCAUCUCUGACUUUUGACCUUCAAAACUGUAAGGCGAUACAUUUGUGUUGUUUUAAGUUACUAAAUAUUUGGUAAUUUGUUAUAGCAGCAAGAGAAACUAACACACCUAGGAAUAGAUCAUUUCAUUUUGUAACUUGCUUUAUUUCAAUUGUUUAAUAAAAAGUAGUGAAAGUUAAAUAUCUACACUCGUGUCAGAUCAAUUGAGUUCAAACUCCACUAAGUAGCACAAUGAAUUGGGUAAAUUGCUUCUUUGGAUUUCAAAUUAUACUUUUUACAAAACAGAGAUUAUUAUGUACUAUAUUAUAAUUUCUUAGGAUUAUUGUAGGGGUUAAAUGAGCUAAUACAUGUAACCUGUUAGAACACUAAUGAGCACAUAGUAAAACAAUGCAUUUUGGCUCAUUGAUACAUGUGGUGGCAUAUUUCAGAAGAUUCUAGAGCUAAAAAGUGGAAUUUGAGAAUUUUAUGUUGCUGCAUCUGGGCUACUAUGCCAAAACCGUAUUAAUUGCUUAAAAUCUAUACAGUGGGUUUGUUGAACACUUACACUCCAACUCAAUGGCUGAAAAUGUUUCACAGUGCUCAGAAACCAAGCUCACCAGCAGCUGCACAGCUCCCUUGGGAGGGAUUCUUUCUUUGUUCCUCUUUCAGUUUCUGAAGAGACCCUAAGAACAUUUGUGCCAUCUGGUUUUGGUGGUUCUUUAAGACCUGUUUCAUUUCUGUUUCAAAUACUUCAGGUUAUGCUCCAAACUGUUGCAAAACCAACAUGGGUAUGCAGUUUCUGGUUUGCCGGAGAGUGACAUUUUUGGUGACUUCCUCCAUCCCCUACUUAAGCUGCAGCAUGUGUAGGAUUUUUAUUUAAGAGUCCCAAUUUUGAAAAGCCUCAAAUUUGAAGGAGGGUGGUCAUUAACAAAGAUGGCAUUUGGAGUGUUCCCUACAGCUACAGUAUGCAAAGGUUGCACUAGAACAUCAAAACUGUGUGAAGCAGGCACUUUCAAGGCCAGGGUUUUAGAGGAAGAGAAAUUGCCUCAUCCCAGGUCAUACAGAUUUAUGUUUAUGUUCCUUUCUAAGAGUUUUAUAGCUUAAACUUAGGUCAUUUGUCACUCCUAAGUUAAGUUUUAUAUAUGAUAGGAGAUACAGGUUCAAACUUACUCUUCUUCUUGGUUUUUUUCAUCUGGAUAUCGAGUUGUCACAGAGCUGUUUGUUGAGGACUAUUCUUCUCCCCACUGAACUGACCACACUUGUCAGAAAUCAAUUGACCAUGAAUACAGAAUUUGUUUUUGAAUUCUCAAUUCUGUUUAAAUAAUAUAUGUUUUUCUUCAUGGAAAUAUCAUACAAUCUUGAUUAUUGUAGUUUUGAGCAAAUUUUGAAACUGGAAACUGUGAGUUCUACUUUGUUCUCCUUUCAAGAUGGGUUAUUUUGGGUCUUUUGCAUUUCUGUAUGAAUUUUAAGAUCAGCUUGUCAGUUUUUGAAAAUAAAUACAGGCAGCUAGGAAUUUUACUGGGAUUGUGUUAUUCUGUAUAUCAAUUUAGGAUAUAUCUCCCUCUUAACAAUAUUAAAUCUCCAGUCCAUGAACACAGGAUAUUGUUCCACUUAUAGAAGCCUUUUUCAUUUUAGUAAUGCCCUACAGGUUUUGGUGUAUACAUUUUGCACUUUAUUAAAUUUAUCUGAAGCAUAUAUUUUAAACUAUCUUGUUUAUCUUUUUUGUUGUUUCUAUUGUUUUUGUUUUGAGUUGGGGGUAUUACUGUGUUGCUGAAGUUGGCUCCAAACAUCUGGACUCAAGGGAUCUUCCUGCCUCAACUUCUCAAGGAGCUGGAAGGGGGGGAACCGUGGCUGAGCAGAGAAGGAGUGGUGCUGGUGAGACUCCGAGAAGAUGAGCUAGAAACAGGCAAUUGGAAGAAGAGGAGGGACAUCCACCCUGAUCAAAGGCAUGAGGAAAUUUAGACUGAAUGAGAUUCAGUCACUCACUCAAGAUCAUAUAGCUGAUGAAAGCCUGAAGAGGAUGUAGAAUGUAAACCUACACUGUAGUUCAAUGUUACUUGCAUUAUACCAGAAAUUAAAAGUACAUCACCAAAAGACUCAACUCCCAAGCAAUGUCAGCCAUACUGAAAUUUUCAUAGCUUGGUUCUCUCAGAGCAAUUCGAAGCAAGAGCAUAAACAUGAAAGCAAAUGGUGCCUAACACAAUAACUGGAAUAAAGCCGACAGAACCUCAAAAAGCCCUGGAUUAUAGCAUUGCCUUGUAGCAUGCCGGAGAUAGGAAGAGACUGAGGAAGAUGAAGCCACUGAGUAAAAGCACAAUGGAAAAAAUAAAAAGAGAAGAGAGUAAAAAAAGGACAAGGUUACUGAAGGAACCAUCUAGGAUAUAAGACCAUGAUAAUUCUUUCUGUAAGAUGAAUUAAGGGAAAAGAACAUGGAGAGCAGUUUGUCAGUUUCCAACAUGCAAGACCCUUCCUCAUCUCUCUUGGAAAAGCACGUUGACUCAGCUAAUGGAAAUGGAGACCUCGAUUCAGAAGAAGGCUCCAGCUUGGAAGAAACUGGUUUUAACUGGGGAGAUUAUUUGGAAGAGACAGGUGCUAGGGCUGCCCCUCAUACAUCCUUCAAACAUGUUGAAAUCAGCCUUCAGAGCAACUUCCAGCCGGGAAUGAAGUUGGAGGUGGCUAACAAGAACAAUCCGGAUACAUAUUGGGUGGCUACGAUCAUCACCACCUGUGGGCAACUGCUGCUGCUUCGCUACUGUGGUUACGGGGAGGACCGCAGGGCUGACUUCUGGUGUGACGUGGUCAUUGCUGAUCUGCACCCCGUAGGGUGGUGCACACAGAACAACAAGGUGUUGAUGCCCCCAGAUGCAAUCAAAGAGAAAUAUACAGACUGGACAGAGUUCCUUAUACGUGAUCUGACUGGCUCUCGGACAGCACCUGCCAACCUACUGGAAGGUCCUCUGCGAGGGAAAGGCCCUAUAGACCUCAUUACAGUUGAUUCCUUAAUAGAACUUCAGGAUUCUCAGAACCCUUUUCAGUACUGGAUAGUUAGUGUGAUUGAAAAUGUUGGAGGAAGAUUACGCCUUCGCUAUGUGGGAUUGGAGGACACUGAAUCCUAUGACCAGUGGUUGUUUUACUUGGAUUACAGACUUCGACCAGUUGGUUGGUGUCAAGAGAAUAAAUACAGAAUGGACCCUCCUUCAGAGAUAUAUCCUUUGAAGAUGACCUCUGAGUGGAAAUGUGCUCUGGAAAAAUCCCUUAUUGCUGCUGCAGAGUCUCCUCUUCCAAUGGAAGUAUUUAAGGAUCAUGCAGAUUUGCGAAGCCAUUUCUUCACAGUCGGGAUGAAGCUAGAAACACUGAAUAUGAGUGAGCCCUUUCAUAUCUGUCCUGCAUCAGUGACCAAGGUUUUCAACAACCAUUUUUUUCAAGUGACUAUUGAUGACCUAAGGCCAGAACCUAGUAAACUCUCAAUGCUGUGCCAUGCGGAUUCUUUGGGGAUUUUGCCAGCACAGUGGUGCCUUAAAAAUGGAGUCAAUCUCACUCCUCCCAAAGGGUACUCUGGUCAAGACUUCGACUGGGCGGAUUAUUAUAAGCAGCAUGGGGCAGAAGAAGCACCUCCCUUCUGCUUCAGAAAUACAUCAUUCAGUCGGGGCUUCACUAAGAACAUGAAACUUGAAGCUGUGAAUCCCCGGAACCCAGGAGAACUCUGUGUGGCCUCUGUGGUCAGUGUGAAGGGGCGGCUGAUGUGGCUGCAUUUGGAAGGUCUGCAGACUCCUGUUCCAGAAGUCAUUGUUGAUGUGGAAUCCAUGGAUAUCUUCCCAGUGGGCUGGUGUGAAGCAAAUUCUUACCCCUUGACUAUACCGCACAAAGCAGUCUCACAAAAGAAGAGAAAGAUUGCAGUUGUACAGCCAGAAAAACAAUUGCCAGCCACAGUGCCUGUUGAGAAAAUACCUCAUGACCUUUGCUUAUUCCCCCAUCUGGACAUGACAGGACCUGGCAAUGGGAAGUACUGUUGCCCGCAGCUCUUCAUUAACCACCGGUGUUUCUCGGGCCCAUAUCUGAACAAGGGCCGGAUUGCGGAGCUACCUCAGUCGGUGGGUCCCGGCAAGUGUGUGCUGGUUCUUAAAGAGGUUCUUAGCAUGAUUAUCAAUGCAGCCUACAAGCCUGGUAGGGUAUUAAGAGAGUUACAGUUGGUGGAAGAUCCAUACUGGAAUUUUCAGGAGGAGACACUGAAGGCAAAGUACAGAGGCAAAACCUAUAGAGCUGUGGUCAAGAUUGUGCGAACAUCUGACCAGGUAGCAAACUUCUGCCGGCGCGUGUGUGCCAAGCUAGAAUGCUGUCCAAAUUUGUUCAGUCCUGUGCUGGUUUCUGAAAACUGCCCAGAGAACUGCUCCAUCCACACCAAAACCAAAUACACUUAUUAUUAUGGAAAGAGAAAGAAGAUCAUUAAACCCCCAAUUGGGGAAAGCAACAUUGAAAGCGGGCAUCCUAAACCAUCUAGAAGAAGGAAACGGCGAAAAUCUAUGUUUGUGCAGAAGAAACGAAGGUCCUCCACUGUGGACUUCACAGCAGGCUCUGGGGAGGAAAGUGACGAGGAGGAUGCAGAUGCCCUGGAUGAUGACACUGCUAGUGAGGAGACUGGCUCUGAGCUCCGAGAUGACCAGACAGACACCUCCUCAGCAGAGGUGCCCUCAGCGCGGCCCCGGAGGGCUGUUACCUUGCGGAGCAGUUCAGAGCCCACCCACCGGCCGCCUGUGGAGAGGGCCCGAAGGGGCCGUCCAGUGCCCCCUACUCCCUCUACCGAUGAGGGGGACAAGGGCCCGCCUGCCAAGCCUGAGGGCUCAGAGGACACAAAACAGGAGGAUGAGGAAAGGCUCAUCCUGGAGAGCAACCCUUUGGAAUGGACAGUCACCGACGUGGUACGGUUCAUUAAGUUGACAGACUGCGCCCCCUUGGCCAAGAUCUUCCAGGAGCAGGACAUUGAUGGCCAGGCGCUCCUACUGCUGACUCUUCCGACGGUGCAGGAGUGCAUGGAGCUGAAGCUGGGACCCGCCAUCAAGUUAUGUCAUCAGAUUGAAAGAGUUAAAGUGGCUUUCUAUGCCCAGUAUGCCAACUGACCCUCUCUGGAGGUGGUCUAUUAUCUUCGCAGUGUGAUAUUAUUGACGGUUUCCAGGACUGAUACUUUGAUUUUUCUGGGAUAUGUGAAAUGGUACAUUCACUGUGUGUCACCAGAAAGCCAGAAGCUGAGAACCUCCUAUAUCCACCAGCAUGUCUGAUAGAUCUAUCUUUUUAAAGUACAUGAAAUACCACAGCUGUGACUUCUGGGGAGUUACAGUUCUGCAUCAGACUCUGCAGGGGAUGUGCAAGAGCUUCUUCGUACGUCCACAUUUUGCCUUUGCCCCACCCCAAACCAGGCAGCUUCCUUUGAACAGGGUUUCCUAAACUGAGUCCCACAUUCAACUAGAACUAAGUUGGGCACAGUUGACAUCUUCUGCUAUAUGAACAAGAAGGAUAUAUACUCCCUUGCUGAUAGUUUUUGCUAUGAUCCUUCUCAGGCAUAUUUAUAGACGUACCUUUCCCAUCAAUACAUGUGUAUUAUUGUGGUUUGAUCUUGAUGGCAACUCCUUUCUCUGAUGUAGCUGUGUGUGAUGUUUGAGGAUAUCAUUAUAACACACAGUACCAAACCUCCGUCCUCAGAGGUGCCUUUCAGAAGUAGGGGGAACAUUGGAAACGUGUUGGGAAGUAAUGAGACGGUCUUUCCUGAGUGACUGAACCUGGAGCAUCUAUGGAGAUUAUUCUAUCUAGCCUGCUAGAGAAUCACAACAUUGUAACUUAAUUGUAACCAGAUCAAAGAGUAACUACUAGAGGGAAAUGUCCACUUGGAAGAAGUAGUUCAUCAAUUAGCCACAUCCCCUAGGAUCUGCAGUAUGCAACUGCAAACAAGUCUCUGCCCAUCCCUUCUGCUCAUUUCUGUCCCUGCCUAGACAUGUAUACAAUAGGCAUGAGGAGGCAGGACCCUGGCCAGAUACAACAGAGCAUGCCCUGGCGCUACAGUCAGCUGGUUCUCAUCCUGGCUUUGCUAAUGACCAACUGUGUGAUCUUGGGCAACUUUCCAUCACUCUUCAUCUCAAUCCCCAUGAAAGGACAGACGUGAGAUCACAGUGUACUGGUAAGUGUCCAUCGUCCUGUCUCCUUCUCACUCAUGCUGGAAGGAAAGUUCAGGUUAACCAGAAGGAAAAAAAGAGAGAGAAAAGCAGCAUCCAACACCAGCUUUUAAGCCUGCAGUUCCUGCCACUCACACUAGCUUUGUGAAGUUCCUGGGCACUUGUGUUAAAUCAGCUAAAACACUUGCAGACAAAUCUGUGGCUCUGCAAAGUGCUUGGCCUUUUAUACCCAGCACUUCAUCUGUAUGUUUUAUGAGGGGCUCAGCCUGCUCAUGCAAAUCCAAAAGGACCGUUCUGCUCUGAUGUGGUUGCUUCAAUGCCUUUUAAACUGACACAAGGAAACCAAACAUUUAUAUUAUUCAGAAGUGGACACUCACAGAUGCUUUACAUCUUCUGAGGCUUUUUUGUUGUUCUUUAUUUUAUUGUUGUUGUGUUUUUACCAUAAUUAUAUUGAUCUUUUUCUUUGACUAGAGUCUCAAUCUUACCAGUAACACAGAGUGGUGGACUUACUAGCCUUUACCACAUAUUAUUCAUGCCAACCUUAACAUUUUGUAACAGCUGCCAAUGAACAUGAAAAGCAGACAUUUUGUGGUUUGGACCUAUAAUCUUCCUUGGAGCAGAUUCCUACAGUCCAGCUUUUAACACCUGGGGAAUGAAUCCAUCUGGUAUUUCUUAGAGGAGGUGUUUGUCCUGCAUGAUGAUGUGAAGAUGGAAAUAUCUUGGUGAUUCAUGGCUGGCUUGCAUGACUCUCUUCCAACCUGAAGUGUGUGACCUCUUCUCACUUCCCCACUCUUGCCUUCUAGCCACGUGCUUUGGCCUUAAAUGUUCAGUCUUGUGGAGUUAAAUUGCCUGGCAUUGGGAAGGGUAUCCAUUUCAAGAUCUGUGCCAUUUUGCCUGUACUUACUCCUUUAUGAUCCUUCACUGUGGCCUUUUCAAUCUGAGCUAUUUCUGUUGCGUUGAAAGUAAAGAUGAGAACACGUUGCAGCUGCAACACAGUAUUUUCCUUUGAGAAUGAGUGUCCCCUUUUCAUGCCCUUUCUGGUAAUGGCAUAGAGGAGGAGGUGCUACAUCAGAAGUCUAGGAGUCUCCUUAGUCUGUGCAGAAAGUUGGAGCAUCACACAUGAAGAAGCCCAUGCAGAAUAUGCCACAGUUGCUGGGAGAAGCUUUUUGCUUCCUCUGGAGCCAAAUGUCCGAGACUGUUCUUAACCCUCAGCCACCUUUUGGACUUCAGCUUUGUGUGAUAUGACAGGGAGGAAACAGCUGUACCCAGAGCAGAAGAGUGCCCGGCUGGGGACCAUCGUCCUGGAUGUUGUGUGCUGUCUUCCCAACUCUCCAGAACUGAGAAGUUCUGCAGAAUCAAGGAGAGCUGCCAGUGUCUCCCUGAACAUAGGUUCUUUGGGCAUUCCACCAUUGUGGGUGUACUUCUUCACAUAGGGAGCAAUUUUGUGACAGUUAUAAAGUAGUUUUCACUUCUCUCUAGAUUCAUCUCUCACCAGCUUCUCACCUAAAGAUAGAGCCAGUGUCCAGGGAGGAUUGUGCUAGAUUGUGUCCCUGUUGCUAAUUGCAGAACAGUGGGUUUUAUACCUGUACCCCAUGCUGCCAUAAUCCAUGAGCCAAACAUUUCUUGAUCUAAACACCGACAAAUGAUGCCCCAUCCCUGGAUGGUACCAUUUCUCUAUCUAUCUUUGAUUUUCCUUUGAAUCCAAAGUCCUUCCUUUACUCAACUGGAUAGUGGACACCAGGCCACUCAUUACCUCCAGGACCUAGGCCAGCAGGUACCUUGCAGUCAACAUUGUAUAUAACCUAAGAAACAGAAAUUUCACUUCAGUGUUAGUAAUCAAUCCUGCCCCAAAACUACUGGGGCUGGUUUCAGUUCCUAACUUUCCUAUUGUGUUUGUACUGUGUUGUAAAAAAAAUAUCCUGUUGGCACACACACACAAAAAAAAAAUAAAUAAAUUUAAAACCAACCUGAAAAGAACAGGGUACUACAGGUAUUAUAGAACUUCUUUGCUUUUCAACAGUAGUUUCUUCAACAUGGAGCUACACAGAGAACUCAUGUGUCAAUUUAAAAAUUAAAUUCCUUUGAUCAAAAUUUGAGUCACACAUAGUAUUUGAUCUGUACAGCUACUUAGAUUCCUCUACUUUAUUUGAUCAUAUUCAAACAUCAUUUCCUUUGUGUUCCCUUUGAUUUGUCCCUGAAUAAAUUAAAAUGAUCUAAACCUUAACCCUGCCACUACUGACCUUUAUUGUAAUCUCUGGAAGGUUGAUUUUGAUCAGCCUUUUGAAGAUUGAUCUGUUUCCUAAUUUAUCAUAGAAUUUUUAGCGUUGUGUGAGGCGAGUGUUGAAUUUGCCUUCUGUCUGAUACCAAACACCCCAUUAAAGAGCUGUCCCUCUCAGUGUUUUCAUGCUAGUUUUGUAGAACACCCAUGUAUAUUUAAUUGUGUACAUAGGUCCAAAACAAAGAAGAGUGUUCAGGUCUUUGUUGUGAUUUGACAUCAUUGCUGCUUUGGGUUAAGAUGGUAAUUCUAGGCUCCAGUUACUCUAUAUUGUCUUUAGAAAGCUGUGAUUGAGUGUGCAGUUAUUUGAAAGAAAACAUAGUAAGUUAAGCUAUCUGUAGCUUUUAAGAUAUACAUUCUGUGUGUGUCUUUUUCGUGCAAUAACUAAAUAAUAAGGGAAAGCUAUAUUCUUAUUGCCAACUAUUACAAUUCAUUAAUUCUCUUAAUUCCGCUUUUCUGUUCAGAAAUUUUAUGGAAAUUACUGCCUUUAACUUGGUAUAAAUUUUAGGUUGAUUAAUUCUCAUAACUGUUAUCAGUAGAAUGGUUUACAGAUAUCCAGAACAUGAUAUGCUAAAAUCUACUUUCAAUACAUUUACCUAAAAAUAGUAAUUCCUAACAUAUGGUGCUGCCUUGGGUUCUGGUUAAAAGUCUCUCCACUUUAAGUGACAACAACUCAAGCAAUUUCUGGAGCUGGAGUUUCACUGGAUUUGUACUCUGUGGCCAGCAUCCGGCACCAGUGAGAUAGAGACCAUGCCACAUAACCAAGGCACAGCAGUGCUCCAUGGGAACAGAAGAGAGGUGCUCUGAAAGGAAAGGAACGUUUUAGGACAAUCGUUUGCUGAAAACCCACCUUGAGAUGGGAAAUCUGAGGCAAAUGUUUUUGAGUGGAGGUAAUCAUUUCAUUUCUUGUUCAGAAUGGAAGCUAGCAUGAUCUCUAGAAGCAUAAACUAUCCCUAGUUGUGAAUGUUGGAAAUCCUUUAACUGUGUUCCGUUCCAAUUUGAAUAGUUAGUAUUGAAAUUUGAUUCAUAUCUUGUGUGUUUUGAUGCAUAAAUGGGAAAAAUUGGUGUCUUUUGAAAUUUACAGGACGAGGGCAUGCUGUUAGUUUGCUGUAAGAUGGUAUUCUGUAUAUAUGUUUUCAUGUAAAUAAAUGAAAAUCUAUAUCAGAGUUAUAUUUUAAUUUUUAUUCUAAAUAAAAAACCCUUUUUACUUGAAAAAACUUGUAAGCCACAUUGUUAAAUAAAGCAAAAACAAAUUCUUCGGUAGUGUUUGUGUCUUUGUGUUGAAAGCUAUUAAACAGAUUUUUUAAAACAGUUUGCAUUACAAUUACUGUAUUCUGAAAUUUUGUUUUGUAUUUGUUGUGUGCUAAAGUGUAUGUUUUUGGGUUGUUAACACCCAGGGCACUCAAAUUUCUGUGUGAACUGUUAAGAGUCUUCUGGUUCUGGAACUUUCUGUUCAAGGAACUUGUAUUCAUUGCAUUUUACUGUUUAGACAUUACUGUAUGAGCUCACAUCUUAUCUUUGGCCUUCCCAGUUUCAGUCAUUCUAGUUUGUAUACAAUUACUUGAUACUUUAGAAGAGAAAUGCCUUUUUUUUUUUUUAACUAUUUUCUUUUUUGGUCCCAGGAAUUGAACUCAGGGCCUCAUGCUUGCCAGGUGGGCACUGUGCUGCUGAGCUCCAUCAUCUACCCAAGACAUUUCUUUAUUUCUAUGAGAACCAUAGUUAAGAACCACGUUUGCAUUGAUCUUUUCCCCUGUGUGUAUCUUGGGUGUCCUUUGGAGCAGGAGGUGCUUCCUUUGCUGUUCUGUCCCCUCACCAAGGUCUCACGGGCAGAGCAUACUCUUUUCCUCUUUUCCACCAUCGGUUACACUACCCCGGGACCCAGCAAAGUUAAGAGGGACUUAAAAGGCACUGAGGGCCGGGGGUAUAGUUCAGCGGCACAAGUGCCUGCGUGGCAAGUGCAAGGUCCUGUGUAAUUCCAAAAAAUACCAAAAUAAAUAAAUAAAUAAAUUUAAAAAGCACUAAGGAAAUACAGUGGAGGAAUGCUGAGCAAGUUUUCCUUUCCUAACCCUCAGACAAUCUUGAGUAUCUUAUUUCACUUUAAAUAUAUUCUUUUGUUCUACUGAUGUUCAAGUUCUGCACACUGAAGUUUUUAUUCUGUGUUCACAUGAAAGCUUUUUCAAUAACAAAAACAAAGCCUAUAAAAGGAAAAUGGAAUACGUUGCUCAUUUUCUCAAGUGCACCAGAAACAAAGAGUGUAUGUCUGAAUAACUAUGAUCAUCAGAUUUCUGCUUAUACUUCAGGAUCUUUGAGAACAAGACUAAUAACUGUAUAGUAAAAUCUGAUCACUGCCAGAUCUUCAAAUUAAAUUAUUUAAAGCCAAAA